UAAGCACUUAUUAUAGGUAAGAACGAGGUACGUCCCCAUAUGGAUAUUCCAAUAAUAGACUUUAACAACUGCGGACUUCACUUGGAAAACGAUGGAAUUCUCGUAGAAUCUGAUCUUGAAGCAGUUGGAACUAAACUAUACAAAGCCUUUGCAGCAUCAGGAUUUGCUUAUAUCGAAAAUCACGGAAUGCCAAACGCAAUUUUGGACGAAAUAUACAGAUUAUCCGAUAUUUUCUUCGAUCAACCUCAUCAAUACAAAAUGAAGUUUUGUUCCAAGGGUUUCGCUCCAAAUUUAUGCUAUGAUCCAAUGGGUGGCGUUACGUCCAACCCUGAAAGGCCAUCAGAUUUCAACGAAGGUUUCCGGUUGCCUGCGUGGACUGCGGACAACGAGUGGCCUGAUAUCGAUAAUAUGAAGACAAACGUAGUCGAGUUUCAGCGGCUUUGUAAAAUAUUGACUUUCCGUGUAUUCAAAGCACUCGGAAGAGGAAUGAGUUUGAAGGACGCCGAUUUAUUUUGUAAAUCUCACAAUCUAAUUGGACACGAGGGAAACAGAACUGGAAUCAGACUUUUGCGCUAUCCAGCUAUUACUGAGGAAGUUUCAUUGAAGGAAAACCAGACAAGAAUUGGCGAACAUACGGAUUUUGCAACGUUAACUCUCUUGUUUAAUGACGGUAUUGGGGGACUGCAGAUGGAAACCUCCAAAGGAAACUUCGAAGAUGUCAGAUACAUUCCGAAUACAAUCCUGCUCAUAACAGGCGAUAUGAUAGAAUUCUGGAGCGGGGGACGAUUGAAGUCUACGUUACAUCGAGUAAUUGUGCCAAAUGAUAAAGAAGAAAGAUCAAAAAUACGAAGAACAGUUGCUUAUUUUGCUUCGGUUGACGAUGAAGUCGAACUCAGAGAACUAGAGUUUAAGGAUUCUCCACCGAAGAACAUCGAAAGAAAAGUGAUGACCUCUUUGGAAUAUUUCAACAAACGUUUUGGCGAUUUGUUCUACCAAUGAAUUUUAUAUACAGCGAUGUUUUUUACAACUUUUCAUAAUUUUUAGAAAACUCAUACUAAGGCAAAAAUAUGAUUUCAACAAAUUGGUUAUUAGCUGUUAUCUCGGACGAAUAGCCGUUAUCAAAUUUGGCAUUUUCGAAUCGAACCAUCUCCCAGGACUGGGUCGGAAAAUGAAGUUUUGGGCCCAUAUCCAUAUUUUCUAAGACUGCGAUGUCAACAAAAUUGUGGGGUUUGAAAAUUGAAUUUUUGCGCACGAAUAGAAACGGAACCCCGUUGCGUACAUUUUGAUUCUUCUUCGUUAAUUCAAAGUAUACAACAACAAAUUUGUUAACAAUUUCUCUUUAUAUAUAAUAUUAAUUCGCUAUUUGUUUGUAGAUUCACUAAAUUUUUAAUUCAUAUAUAUAAUAUAAGACAUGUAAAUAUAUCUAUGUA